AUGGAUGCUGACCACCAAAAUCAGGACAUACAUCUUGAGGCCGCCGAGGCUAACACUGCUGAAGCGAGCAAAUCUCCACGGGAGUUAACACACCCUACCAAUGCAGCCACUAAACUCUCCCAAUUAGACGGAAGGUCUGAAAUCUGCGUUUCGCCGUCAUGGGCAACAGACAAGGAGAGAAGAGAAAAGAAGAGGGAAUUAAAAAGACUGGCCAGAGAAAAGAAAGAGUUGGAACGGUUUUUGAAACUUGAAUCAAGGAAUACUGAUCAAGGCUCAGUCAGAGAGCCUCGACGUUUAACAAAGAAGCCACCAUCCAAUACGCCCAGUCGAUCCUCAAGCAUAAAGAGCUAUCUUCCACGCUCCUCUACGGCUCCGUCAGUUUUGGCAUUUUGGUCCAAUAGCGCAUCAAAAGCUAAUUCCACAAACGAACCUGACACUGGCCAUUCAGCCCCUCCACCGACAGGUGCCGAGCCAGUGCGUACUUCAUUGGAAACCAUGAAACCCAUAUUUACAGGUCACUGGCCAUAUCGUUUUGGGAUGAAGACGACCCAGGUUGCAGCAAAUAAUAAUGAUCCCUCCGGUGAUUUAAAUUCUGUCCCUCCACAAUCCAUGCCUUCGAAUCCAUCAGAUAUUCCAGGCCGUCAACUCCACGCAACCAAAAAGCAUGCGGAUUUACGCGCUGCUGCAAACUUCUUUCGACUCAAUGGUUCUGGCUCCCAACCCAUCGAAUCAGCAACUUCUAAGACAUCUUGGAGUAAGGAAGUUAAUCGCCAACUGUCAGUUGGGGGCGGAAAGAAGCUUCGACGCAAAUCUCUCAAAGCAGAACACGAACCACACAUGUAUUCUUUGCGUCGAGGUCCUUCUGAUAAGAACGGGAACGACACGAAAUCAUCCGGACAACUUGAGAAUAGCACACCUUCCACAACUGAAUGUUGUCUAUCUCCGACUGCGUUGGAAUGCCUAUCUCCAAGUUUGCAAAAUGAUUCACAAAGUACCGUUUUUAAGUCUGCUGAGAGCAUUUAUACAUUGAAAGAUAUUACCAACCAACAGAACAGUGAAGCAAGUUUAACAAAGAACGCCCCAAAGGAUGCGGUCAAAAAACCCGCUUCAAAACCCCCUUCAAGACCUCAAAAGGCUAUAAAAAACAGCGCUGGUAAUCAGCGUGGACACGGACGAAGGCCAUCAUGGAGUGAAAUAUUUAAAAGCUCUAAUCGUGGUUCUAGUGUCACUCUCAAAUGUCGUGUUCAAUCUUUGGAACCAGCCCAGAAAAUGCCGAACGGGGAAGUAUCCGAAUUUAAAACUAGUGGACCAUAUGAAUCUGCCUAUUCCAUUGACGAUAUUUUCGCAAGCCCUAUUUUCAAGCUAACAAAUCCGAUCAAGGAGGAGAAUGGACUUGUCAGCACCAAAACUAAAAAUGCUGUUAGUGAUUUGGCGCAGGUGCAGCCGCAAACUGACUCCAACCAAGACAUUACACAAGCGAAACUUUCUCCCGAGCAUACCCUAAUCCAGGAGACAACACCAGUCACCGACAGCCCGUCUCUGGAGCCGUCGGUCAACACUCCAAAUAUCAGACGACCUGAGAAUACUAUACGAUUGGUAUCCAAACCACUAAAUAGUGAUUCCCAAUUCAAGUCAUCCCCGUUAGCUGCUCCGCCUCUCAAUACCCAAGAAGAUGAGGCAUCUGCUCAAUCAGGACAAAUAUCUAAGUGCAAAAGUUUUCCAUCUGUUAUAUCCCCUGUUGCUGCUCCUCAGCAGUUAGAGAUUUCAAACGGUAAAUCUCUGCUUUUUUUCACAAGGCUGUUAGGACAUACCAGCAAAAAAGAUCAAACCCCAGGUGUCUUUGACUCUCGUAGCACAAAGAAGCCAGGAAAGGCGGUGACUUCUGGUAAAGGGAAAGAAAAGUCGGCGCCAAUGACUACAUCAACAGAGCCGCCGAAACCGAAAGACGAGGAUGGCAAGGCUGCUGCCAAGUCUCCAAACUCAGUGGAUGAUACGCCACCCGCAAGUGCAGACAUCUGCCAUAACAAAUCUGUCUCCCUGUUGGAAAACCCCACGAAUAAUGAUUUCCAAAUCCCACCAAAAUCCUCUAAGCGCAAUAAUGGAAGAUUCCCUACCAGUUCUCACCGAAAAUUCACUAGUUCCGUAGAACUCCCUAGUACUACCAGUGAUGGAAUCGAAACCCGGCCCCAAAAGAAGCACUCCAUUUCCAUAGAAAUACCCAAAAGUCAACUGCCUCUUGAUUCACGUACAGUGAGACACAAUAGCAGUAGACCCUCCUCCAGUCAACCCUCCCCUGCACUAUCAAGCAGAAAAUCUACACCAACAAUCUCCUCACUCCACACCUCAAAGCACCCAAAAAUAAACCCAAUGGCACCCAGCGAUUUCCCUUCCUACACAACCCUCGAAAACCAAACACAAACGACAACGGGACCAAUAUAUGACGCCCGCCUGGGCUCAUCCAGUCGACAAAGCCUUGCCAGCAGUGUUGGGGGCAGUCGAGCUGCAGCUCAACGACCCGCGCGGAAGGGAACACCCGUCGCAAAAAUGUUCGUGAUCUGCUGCCAGUGCAAAUAUUGGCACGACAUGCCUUCGGACGUAUAUGCCAAACUUGCUUUCCCCCACGGCGUACCCGCCACUGAUCCCCUUUUUGGCGAUGAUCAAUACAGCUCCCGUUACCAGCAGCAGGUUCCUAUGGCAAGUGGUGCAUUAUCUGCUCAAGGUGGUGGCAGUAGCAGCACGGUUACCGAAACGAGCUCAGGCGCUUCCAAUAACAAUGUUGCGAUGGAUAAUAAAUCGCCACGUGGCUCUCGGCCGUCAUCUUCCAGCUCUUCCUCUUCCAAUAAUUUCACGGUGACAUGCUGUUGGUGUGCACAUCGGAUGGUUAAGAUUUGUUGUGCGGGUUGGACUACUAUUGUCUAUCUCCAUGAGCGGCACCACUGA